AUGAGCCAAGGUCUUAUUCUUGAUAUCGAUCACAUUGCGAACAAUAUUCAAAAAUAUAUCGAUCAAGAUAAUUUUUAUGAUGUGAUUGAUUCAGAUAUUAUCCCUCAAGUUUUCGAGAAAACAAAUCUUAACUCAAACGAUUUCAGAAUACUUCUUUCUCAAGGCAAAUCAAAGUAUAGUACAACUAUGCUUUAUAAGUUUGCUCGUAAAUGCAAUGUUUUCAUUAAUUCAUUCCAAGAUGCGAUUAAUGUCCUUCAAAUCUACAACAAUCUUUUUAAACUCAAAUCAUCACGCUCAUUAAUUGAUUACUUUGAGAAAUUCAAUGGAGAAAAUCAAUCCGAUUCCAAAGAAAUGAGGGAAUUAAAAAACAAGAUUCAAAACCUCGAAUCAAAGUUGUUUGUUAUGGAAAAAGAAAUCAAUGAGUACAGAAUGAAAGAAAAUCAACACAAAAAUGAAUUUGCAGAGAUUUCUGAAUUGCGUUCAAAUUCAGAUUUUGAUUCAGUUUACAAUUUCCUUAAACAACUUUCAGAUCAAGGUGAUAAACUGAAAAUGUCCAUUUCAUGUGCAGUUGGAUUAAGCGAAAAGAGGAAUUUAGAAGAAUGUACUCCACUUCUAUUAGCAUGUAUUAAAGGAGAUCUUCAAUUAACAAAAUCUCUUAUUGAAGGAGGCUGUGAAAGAAAUUCAAUUGAAACAAAUGGAAAUAAUUGUUUACUUCUAGCAUCAUUCUAUGGACAUCUUGAAAUUGUAAAAUAUUUAAUUAAUAUUGGUUAUGAUAAGGAUUGGUGCAAUAAAACUAAUGGAUUUAAUGCAAUUAUUUUUGCAUCACAAGAAGGUCGACUUGAAACAGUUAAAUACUUGCAAAGUAUUGGCUGUGAUGUCAACUAUAAACCAUUUACUAGUGCAAGUUGUAUUUAUCUUGCAUCAUAUAAUGGUCAUCUUGAAACAGUUAAAUAUCUUUUAUCAGUUGGAGCAAAUCCUAAUGAGAAAUUGUAUAAUGGAUUUUCUCCAUUAAUUGUUGCUUCGUCUUUUGGUCAUCUUGAAGUGGUUAAAUGUCUUAUUCAAUGUGGAUGUAAUAAAAAUGAUAAAACAAAUUGUAAUCAAUCUGCACUUCAUUGUGCAGCAAAGAAUGGCCAUUUUGAAGUUGUUGAAUAUUUAGUUUCAAUUUAUGUCAAUCUUAAUGACAUAGACAGUGAUGAAAAGACAGCACUUGAUUACGCAACAAAAAGGCAAUACGAGAAUGACAACUACAGAAAGAUUGUCAAUCUUCUAAAUCGAUCUGGUGCGCAAUAUUUUUAUCAAUAA